CAGCCUCGCGGGAUUCUUCCCGUGAUGUCCGGCGUGCAGUCGCCGCGGUUGCCCGGCAACGCAGGGCCCGCAGAGCAGGCCGCGUCGGGUUCAGCCGGGCGAUGGGUCCUCGGGGCCUGUCGCCCCUCCUGCUUGUGCUCCUGGACUGCUGGGCUUCCGUGAACGUCCAGGCCGUGGCCACCCAGGUGGUGACGACGGAAGGCCUCAGCUCUACGGAGGCAGGCCCAGCGACUCCCGGAUCCGCCUUGUCUCCUAGGCCCCCCGGGACCACCAGGGCUCCCUGGCCCUCCUCUGGCCCCACGCCCACCCCGAUCACGGAUGUUGCUGCUCUGUGUGUCUGUGACUUGUCUCCAGCACAGUGUGAUGUCAACUGCUGUUGUGAUCCCGAUUGCAGCUCCAUGGAUUUCAGUGUCUUUUCUGCCUGCUCAGUUCCAGUUGUCAUGGGUGAUAGUCAGUUUUGUAGUCAAAAAGCAGCCAUCUAUUCAUUAAAUUUUACAGCAAACCCACCUCAAAGGGUGUUUAAGCUUGUUGACCAGAUCAAUCCAUCUAUUUUCUGCAUUCAUAUUACAAACUAUAAACCUGCAUUAUCCUUUAUUAAUCCAGAAGUACCUGAUGAAAAUAAUUUUGAUGAAUUGAUGAAAACAUCUAGUGGUUUUUCAUUGAAUGCAGAAUCAGAUGUUUCUUUUACACCCAAAUUGGAUACUCCAAAGACUGCUAAAUAUGAGUAUGGGGUUCCCCUGCAGACUUCAGAUUCGUUUUUGAGAUUUCCUUCUCCCCUCACAUCAUCUCUGUGCACUGAUAAUAACCCUGCAGCAUUUCUGGUGAACCAAGCUGUUGGCUGCACCAGAAUAAUAAAUGUGGAGCAGUGUGAAGCAGCUGAAGCCCUCAGCAUGGCUCAUUACAGCAGCCCUAAAAUUUUGAGGGUGCCUGGUUCAACAACAAAGGUCCCAGUCACUGUACGGUCCAUCACUGUCAGAUCUCUAAAUAAAACACUAACCCGGCUGCAAGACACUGCUGAAUUGAGGCAGGCUCUUGUUGGGGCCGGGGACAUUGCAGUCUGCAUGAACGUCGUUCUUGAGGUGAAGUACAGCCUCACAUACACAGACGCAGGUGAAGUAGCAAAAGCCGACCUCUCGCUCCUUCUGGGGACUGUUAACAGUGCAGUGCUUCCGCUCCAUCAAAAGUUUGAAAUUAGUUUUAUUCAGCAAGGUACAAAGCCAGUUCCUCUUAGUGGAAAUCCCGGUUAUGUUGUGGGGCUCCCAUUAGCUGCUGGAUUUCAGCCUCGGAGAGGGUCCGGGAUUAUUCAGACCAGGAAUAGAUAUGGACAAUUAACUAUUCUUCGUAGUAUAGCUGAGCAAGACUGCUUUGCGGGGAUCCGGACCCCAGUAUUAUUUGGUUACAAUAUGCAGUCUGGCUGUAAACUAAGGGCUCAGGAUGUGCUGGACUGGGUGCCUGUCCACUUUGUCACCCAGAUAUCCCACGUGAAGGAUUCUUGCCAGCUCCCAGUGGCUUUGGUGAUAGAAGUGAAGUGGACUAAAUACGGAUCCUUAUUGAAUCCACAGGCUAAAAUAGUAAAUGUAACUGCAAAUCUAAUUUCAUCCUUAUUCCCUGAGACCAACUCAGGAAAUGAGAGUACGAUUCUUAUUUCCACCAUGGUCACAUUUGUGGAUGUAUCUGCACCUGCAGAGGCAGGCUUCCGACCAACCAUCAAUGCCAAGCUUCCCUUUAAUUUCUUCUUCCCAUUUGUCUGAUGUAAGUUGUUAAUUAAGGAAGCUGUGCCACUGUGUGAGGCCUGGGGUUGCUCAGAGACAUCCUGUUUUAUUAUACUUCUAGCCCUUGAGGUUGCCUCCAAACCAUCACACCUCCCCUCUCUACUCGCUUCCCUCCUUUGGAAAUUUUAUUCUACUUGGUUUGGCUUUAGAAUGGGGCACCAUCUGGUCUUGGUUAUUUCCAGUACUCUCAGCACAUAGGUCGUAUCUGGAAACCAAAUCGCACCUCUGGGAACCUUGUAAAGAGAACAGAUCGUGAAGUGGUGCAGGCUUUGAGGGCUAAUCCAAUUUAUUCAUCCCCCUGCUUUAAUGCGAGUUAUUUUAAAAAUUAUUCAUUGUUUGUAGUUCAGGUUUUCUUUCCUUUUCAGGCCCUGUUGAAGAGAGUAUAAAAAUAGCAGUGUAUUGUAUAAGAUCGUUCAAGUAGAGUACAGGGCUCACGAGGGGAUCUUCCCCCAGUGUCAUGUUAAUUAUGUGGAGUCUUGGGUCUAAUUGCCAUUUCUGUACCAGGCACUGUAGCUAGCUAGCUUUCCAACUGGUAGAUUGGAAUGGGAUACCACAAAGCAGUUCCAAGCAGAUGAAGCCGGAAAGAAUAUAGUAGGAGGGCCCGAGGAAGGAGAGAGUUUAUUUUACACAUUAAUUGUACAGUAAUUGAGAAAAAUGUUGUCAGGUGGCAGAACUAGGUGGAGCCAGCUAGAAGCUGGGUGGUGCAGAGGUGGGGGCUGAGCACCCGAGAACCACUUCCCUAGGGGGGAACUGCAAUAAGAGAGAGUGGUUAGAACAGCUUGGAAAUCUAAAAGACUUUUCUAGAAUGGGCUGGUUGAUAGCUCAAGGAGCUUUCUCUCUUUUGUCUUCCAGAGUGCUCA